AUGGACAGCUACACCAACAGCAAGAUCGUCCGUGAAUUCAAAAACACUGAUGAUUUUGUCUCCGGAGUGGUGUCCCGAACGUACAGCCUGCCUUUCAAGUGGGAGGGCACCAACCACCUGGUCUACAACGGCUCUUUGUACUACAACAAAUACCAGAGCAACAUCAUCGUCAAGUACAGCUUUGAAACCGGCAGUGUUUUGGCCCAGAGAGCGCUGGAAUUUGCCGGAUUUCACAACAUGUAUGCUUACAGUUGGGGCGGCUUUUCUGAUAUCGAUAUCAUGGCGGACGAGCUUGGAAUGUGGGUUGUCUACGCGACCAAUCAGAACGCAGGGAACGUUGUCAUAUCGCAAAUCGACCCAGAUACGCUUCACGUGCUGAAGACGUGGAAUACGGAAUACUCCAAGCGUAACGCGGGCGAGUCCUUCAUGAUCUGUGGGACGUUGUACAUCACCAACUCGCACAUGUCUGGAGCCAAAGUGUACUACGCAUAUUCUACUAAAACCUCGACGUAUGAAUACAUAGACAUUCCCUUCCAUAAUCAGUACUUUCAUAUCUCCAUGCUCGACUACAACGCCCGGGAGAGAGCGCUGUACGCCUGGAACAAUGGACAUCAGGUUAUUUUCAAUGUCACCCUCUUUCACGUCAUCAAAACCGAGGACGACUCUUAG